CCCGGCGCGGUCUCUGCACGGCGGCGGCGGCUCCAUUUUCUCCCGCUCCCGCGGCCCCGCAGAGCCCGGCUCGCUUCGGUCCCGGCCAGCGGAGCGACACCAGAGAGACGCCCCUCCCUCGCACCCCGUUCUUCCCUCCCCCGCGCCGCCAUGAAUGAGGAAUACGACGUGAUCGUGCUGGGUACCGGCCUCACGGAGUGCAUCCUCUCCGGGAUCAUGUCGGUGAACGGAAAGAAGGUUCUGCACAUGGAUCGUAACUCCUACUACGGAGGGGAGAGUGCAUCCAUUACACCUCUGGAGGAUCUCUACAAAAGGUUUAAUCUACCAGGAACUCCACCAGAGUCGAUGGGGCGAGGAAGGGACUGGAACGUGGACCUCAUUCCCAAAUUCCUUAUGGCUAACGGUCAGCUGGUAAAGAUGCUGCUCUACACAGAAGUCACUCGCUACUUAGACUUCAAGGUGAUCGAGGGGAGCUUCGUCUACAAGGGAGGGAAGAUCUACAAAGUUCCUUCCACUGAGGCAGAAGCUUUGGCAUCCAGCCUGAUGGGCUUGUUUGAGAAGCGCCGCUUCAGGAAGUUCCUGGUCUACGUUGCCAACUUCGACGAGAACGACCCCCGCACCUUCGAGGGGGUGGACCCCAAGAAGACCACCAUGAGAGAUGUCUACAAGAAGUUUGACCUGGGGCAGGACGUCAUCGACUUCACGGGACAUGCCCUGGCCCUCUACAGGACUGACGACUAUCUAGAUCAACCAUGCCAAGAAACAAUCAACAGGAUCAAGCUCUACAGUGAGUCUCUGGCCAGAUACGGGAAGAGUCCCUACCUUUACCCGCUCUACGGCCUGGGAGAGCUGCCCCAGGGCUUUGCAAGGCUAAGUGCUAUCUAUGGAGGCACCUACAUGCUGAACAAGCCCAUCGAGGAGAUCGUGAUAGAAAAUGGCAAAGUGGUUGGUGUCAAGUCUGAAGGAGAGGUGGCUCGCUGCAAACAGCUCAUCUGCGACCCCAGCUACGUCUCGGACCGCGUCACGAAGGUGGGCCAGGUGAUUCGGGUAAUCUGCAUCCUGAGCCACCCCAUCAAGAACACCAACGAUGCCAACUCCUGCCAGAUCAUCAUUCCACAGAACCAGGUCAACCGCAAGUCAGACAUCUAUGUCUGCAUGAUCUCCUCUGCACACAACGUGGCGGCGCAGGGCAAGUACAUCGCCAUCGCCAGCACCACCGUGGAGACCGCAGACCCCGAGAAGGAGAUCAAGCCUGCCUUGGACCUCCUGGAGCCCAUCGAGCAGAAGUUUGUCAGCAUCAGUGACCUGUUUGCUCCAACUGAUCUGGGCACUGAAAGCCAGAUCUUCAUCUCGCGCACCUACGACGCCACCACUCACUUCGAGACGACGUGCGACGACAUCAAGGACAUCUACAAGCGGAUGAUGGGCUCCGAGUUCGACUUCGAGGAGAUGAAGCGCAAGAAGAACGACAUCUACGGGGAGGAGGAGCAGCAGUAGCAGCCUCCCCCCGAGGAGAACCGGCAGAUGGGCUCAUGGCGAACAGGAAGGAACUUAAGGCAGCCUGUAAGGAAAGGCAAUGUGGUGAGGGCCUGCUUUGGUCAUCCCCUCUCGGAGAGAUGGAAGAGGUCUGCACUGGAGGUGCUGCAGGGUGUGGGGGCUGGGUUUGUUUUGGGGUAUCAUGUGUUUAACGCUCUCACCUUAGGGGCUGCUGUCCAGAAUCUGGCUAAUUACUGACUUGAUUUCCUAACUAACCUCCUGGAGGGGUGGACCCAACCUCCUUCCCCUCGGUUUUACUUCUCUGUUUGGUUUGGGUAGAUGUCGGUGCAGAUCUUUUGCUAACUCCCUGCCCCAAGCUGUGUUCUUGACCAUUUGUGUGUUCUGACCCUUGGUAACCAACCUUCCGUGGCUCCGUGCUUCUGGUGAGCUCCAGUAGGCAGUGACAUUUGUCACCCCAACCUGGUUCUAUCCAGCCAGGUCAAAUAGCAACUCUGAGCACUCCCAUCAUUGUGGACAGCAUCCUCUUUAUUCCCUCACCACCCCCCCCCCACCACCCCCUCCCCAUCCCUUUUUUUCCCCCCCCACCUAACUCCUCUGGCAAAGUUGUAUUUAUGGACAGAGUUCCCCAAGCACCAUCUCAUCACAGCAGCAAAAUUGUCAGCUUGGUUCUGGGCACAGAACUUUAACCUUUCUCCACUUGGAAGCUUCUCAAACCUCUGUUUACAUCGGGUGGGACACAGCUGUGCCUAAAAGGCUUUAUUAUUAUUAUUUUUGGGGUUAUUUUUUGUUUCUCUUUUUUUUUUUUUUUUCUUUGGGGUUAUUUUUUCCCCUUCCCCCCCCCCCCCCUUUUUCUUUUUUUUUUUUUUGGUGUUUUAAUAAAAAUGGAGAGAAACAAAUUACAGAGCAGGCAAGAUUGUGGAAGUGUUUUUCUGGGGAGGAUGGACCAAAAAAGGGCGCUGCGGUAUCGAUAUGACAGAGCCUUCAGCUUCUCCUUGUCUCCUUUUGAAAAGGCUCCAGAUGAUUUCUGUACUGCGAAGUAAAGCCAAAUUCUGGAAACCA